GCGAUCGCGAAGCGCCAGUCCUCUCCCGUCCAUCGACGUGGCCGCACCGUGACUCGUGGACGUUCGAGAGAGACAGACAGAGUCAGAUCGAGGAAAAAUCGUCGGAUCGAGGACGGCCAGAGAAGGAGAGAGAGACGGACCGAGCGACGGAGGUGGAGGAGAGACUUGGAAGAGCCGCCACGGUCGGGAUCGCGUGGAUCGCCGCGAUCAGAGCACUCGGGGGCAUUCGACGGAUUUGCAUCGAGGGGAACGGUUCCGCGAAGUCAGUCGCGUGUCCUUCGAGGGGGUGAGAUCGGUCCGGUCGAGAUCGACGACGAGGUGAACGAUCGCGGUAUUCGCUUCCGGAAGAGACGCGCGGUGUAUACACCGCCACGUGACCAUCCAAGAGGACAGAACUGUUACGGAAGUGUGUGUCGGGGAUCGAACGAUAUUUACGAAAAAGUUUUCGCUCUCCCCGAAGAAUAGAAACGAAGGUUAUGGUGUGCAACGUGUGACAGAGGACUCGGACGAUCGGUUGUUGCGGGGAAGAAGAUUAAUUUUGUUUGUGGUGAGCAGAGACCAUCGGUUGGACCGCUUGUGUGGAUAUCGUCUGUAACUGCGAAGAUGAACCAACAGUGCAAGGUCUGCGGCGAGCCGGCGGCCGGUUUUCAUUUCGGAGCGUUCACGUGCGAGGGUUGCAAGUCGUUCUUCGGGCGCACCUACAACAACCUGGGCAGCAUCUCGGAGUGCAAAAACGGCGGCGUGUGCGUGAUCAACAAGAAGAAUCGCACCGCGUGCAAGGCGUGCCGACUGCGGAAGUGCCUGAUGGUCGGGAUGUCGAAGUCGGGUUCGCGAUACGGUCGGCGAUCGAACUGGUUCAAGAUUCACUGUCUGCUCCAGGAGCAGACCAACGGUGGUCAGAACGUGAACGUGACGGGGGGCGCGGGUUCGCCGUUCGGGCCCGGGUUUCUGCCAGGAUUCCUGCCUCAGCCGCCGAGCCAGCAGAACAGCGGAGUGUACAAGGACGCGAAGGAUCGCGCGUCGCCUAGUCAGGAGGACCUAGCCCUCCAGUCGCACUUGCUGCACGUGGCGAUGCUGAAGCAGGAGCGCGAGAGGGGCAACAAGUCGCCUCACCCGGACGACGUGGCUCUUCAGAACCAGCUGCGUCUGCUGGCCUGGCAGAAGGAGCGCGAGAGGGUGGGCGGUAAUCCUCAGCAACCGCCUGGCACGCCGCCCAGAGACACCGGGUCCCCGCCGUUCUACAAACAGGAGCAGCAACAGUACCCUGCUUCUUCGAUGUUCCCGAUGAACUUCGCCCAGAAGGACACGGUCUGCGUCCCGUCCACCCCCACGGACGUGUUCAGACCGUUCUUGCCUACCUACAAGAGGGAGGCGGACACGCCCAGCGACAGCGGCGCUUCCUCGGUGGACGGUGGCGACGGUCAGGACACCGAGUCCAGGAGUAACUCCGCGCUGAGCUAUUUCAAGACCAGCGCCGCGUCCCCGACGCUGUCCGAGCGCGAGUUCCCACCCAGGAAAAUCAACGCCACCGUUACGCUCACGACAGGCUACCAUCCCCAUCAAGGUCUGGGUCUGGUGUAUCCACCGCCCGGUCUGGUCACGCCAGCAGCCUCCCAGCAUUCGCCCAGAGGCGGUGAUCUGCUGUUAGUCAGCCCGAGUCCUGGCGGUUUGGCCGUCGAGCAGGACGAGCCGAUCGAUCUGAGCGUCAGGUCCAUCAAAAGCUCACCGCGACCCAGCCAGUCCUCGGAAGAAGACAACAGGUCGAACGACAACGAGCCGGAUCGCGACAGCCCGGUCAAGGAGGAGACCACCACCAAGAGCAAACCCCUGGACCUAACGCUAGGUGUAAAGAGGGAGUUGCCCCUCUCGUUGUGAAGCCGCCAGAGACCCAGCAGGCCCGCGACGGGCUGGUCCCGAGUUCUUGUCGAGCACCGAGAGGUGCCGUUGAAUCCUCGUUGAAGAGGAUUCGACCUGGAGAUGGUCCACCGGCGGUGGACGACGGUUCCCUCCGAGGAGGGGAACCGAGUUUCGAGACGUUCGUAAGGGUCGUCGGAGGAAUCAUUCCGUUGCGGAGUAGCGACAUCGAGAGCCCGCCACGAUAAUGUGUUCAAAUAAUUGUACAUACGCGUCCCGUUGAAUCGAUCCCGGAAGCCGAGAUUAAUUUAUUGCGAUAGUAAAUAGAACGCUUCGAUCGACGAGUAUUCGCAUAAAUCUUUUUUCCCGACGCGUGGAGGUUGUCGCGAAUUUCCGUCGUGCGCGUAUAUGCAUAGGAAAACCAUGUAAACCCCUGUAUAAAUGAAACCGAGAGUCGCGGAUAUUACCGGCCAGUAGUGGAGUGCCUUAAUAUAAUAUAUUUAUAUAAAUAUUCUAUAUGUAUAUGAACGUAUACCUUGGACGGACCGCUUUAGGAUCUUAUCCUCUAUCGUAACGCACGGUCCCCAGAACAUUUUCUAUUCUCCGUUGUACAGCGAAGCGUCGGGACGUGGAAACGCCACGGGACGGGGAGCGUCGAAAACGCGUGCGUCCCCGCCGAUUCCGUGGCCCCGUCGCGACGGGAGGCCAGUAAACAAAACGAAAAAUCAACGUGUCAAAGAGACGUGCGCAUCUUGUAAAUAAGCAUGGAAGGGGGGGAUGACUCGUCCGCGAAUCCAUCGCUUAUGCGCUUCCGCUUGGUGCACGAUCUCCCUCGGCUGGGCGCAAACGGCGAACGAUUUUCUCUCUUACUUCGCGUUCUUUUCUUCCGACAUUACGUUCCCCCCCAUUUUUGUACAUAAUAGCACGUAAGCGGUGAACACG